GGACUGGAGAAGCUGGGUGGGGGGAGCCGACAGGCGUCAGGUGUGCAGGCAGGUAGGAGGACCAGGAGGACGGACUGGGCCAUGUCUUUACCACUAUGUGCAUUUCAGGAUCAGACGCACCAGCAGCUGCAGGAGGGAGAUUGACUUUGUCUUAAUUAUCUCGAAGUUGUCGGACAAACAAUGCGGCCGUGCAGGAAAUCCUCCCACUAACUUCUCUUCGGAUCUAUGAGGGGGAUCUUUGAUUGAGCUGGACCAUGACUGGCAAGAGAGGAAGGCACUGGAGGUCUGUCUGCAAAGGCCUGGUCCUGGGAACCCUCCUGACCAGCUGCACCAUCCUGGUUUACUGCCUCUCCACCCCACAGAUCAACUUCAGUCUGCCCGAGGUUCCAGUACCUUACUCCUGCGCUCACCGUCCAUCCCAGCUCCACCCCAAACCAACCGCCAACACCUCACUAAGGAGCGCUGGCCAGACCUGUGCCCCUAAAGUGGAUAUUAUGUUCAUGAAGACCCACAAAACGGCCAGCAGCACAUUCCUCAACAUACUUUUCCGCUUUGGAGAAAAACACAGGCUCAAAUUUGCCUUCCCUGACAGCAGAAAUGACUUUUUCUACCCGUCGCUUUUCCAGCGCUCGCAGGUGAAAGACUACAGACCUGGAAUGUGCUUCAAUAUCAUCUGUAAUCACAUGCGUUUCAACGCGCCCGAGGUUGCAAAACUGCUGCCCUCGGACACGUCCUACAUCACGAUACUGCGAGACCCCGCAGAACUUUUUGAGUCGUCCUUCCACUACUUCGGUCGACUGAUUCCUUUUACCUGGAAGAUACCGGGUGAUGACAAGCUGACAGAGUUUCUACUUGACCCCAAACUCUACUUUGAUCCAGAGGGCUUCAACUCUUUCUACCUCAAAAACUUGCUGUUCUUUGACUUCGGUCAGGACAACACUCUGCAGCUGGACGACCCUCGGGUGGAUGAAGCGAUAGGAUUCAUCACUCAGCGCUUUCAGUUGGUCAUGCUGGUGGAAUACUUUGAGGAAUCACUUAUCCUGCUUAAGGAUGCCCUCUGCUGGGAGAUGGAUGACUUGCUCUUCUUCAAGCUCAACGCCCGCAGCAGAUCCACCGUGUCGAAGCUCACCCCUGAGCUGAGAGCCAGGGCCCUCGAGUGGAACGCGAUUGACUGGAAGCUGUACCGACAUGUCAACCAAACGUUUUGGAAGAAAGUAGACGUGUAUGGAUCCCAGCGCAUGGCCAGGGAUGUGGCGGAGCUCAGGAGGAGGAACAAGGAGAUGGCGUCCAUCUGCAUCGAGGGGGGUCAUGCGGUGGAAGCUGCCAGCAUCCAGGAGACAGCCAUGCAGCCCUGGCAGCCCAUCGGGGAAAAGUCCAUCCUGGGCUACAACCUGAAGAAAAAUGUGAACAAAGCACAUCGGAAACUGUGCCGAAAGAUGUUGAUUCCAGAAAUUCAAUAUCUGACAGAGCUUGGGGUGAACCUGUGGCUCACAAAGCUGUGGAGUCAUGUGCGAGACAUCUUCAACUGGUGGUGACCAAGGAUCUGAGCAGGAGGAGCCAAUCCAGGUCUGCAGAUCGAACUGAAGAAGAGGAAUCUGACUGCUUCUGAUAGAACAAGAGGGAAAGGCUUCCUCUCACAUGUCCUGCUUUGUUUUACUUUAAAUGAAUCCACAUCCUCUUCAUUGCAUUUUAUAUUAUUGUUCUCAAUAUUAAAUCUGAAAGGUGCUUGUGAAUAAAAAGAAACAUACCAUUGACCUCACAAUCUAGAAAAACCGAACAGCUAUACAAUAUGUACAUGAAUUUUGGUACUGUUCCUAAUGUUUUAGAGUGAGUUGUCAGACUUUAAAUUGUUCCUUAUUUCCCAUGUAAGCUUGUUCUGAGUUGAGUGAAAUAUGAAUUUCACUCAUUGUAUAAACCCUUUGACACAAAGGUGGAAUUAUUGUUUUAUCUUUGGUGCCUAUUCCCCACAUUUAAAACCUUAACUUCAAACUGAUUCACUACUAAAGGCUAACCUACACAUGCAAAAGUUCAUAUUUAUGUAUAACUUCACUGCUCGUGGAGCACAAACUCUGCCAUAUCAUUAGGAAGGAGUGACUCAAUACAUACCUUUGCUGAGGCAAAUGUUUUCCCUGAAAAACCUACAUGUUGAUAGCAAUCACUCAGUUUCAAGGCUCCACGGCUGCAGUAUUUCUUAGUGUUCUUCAUUUCCAUGGUUGCCUUUCCAGUCAGGAUGAAUGUUUGGAUAUAAACGUUUUUAUACAACUGUGCAUCAAUAAAAUGAAUUCUGCGUAAUGCACUUAA